GUGGACAACACUGUCGAAACCCGAAAAGAAAAUGAGAGACAACAACAUCACAUCAAACCUCUGAUCGUAAACAAGAUGACACAAGGCGGCAUUGUGCUGCGGGCUCACGGGGGACACGCUAAGUCCGCAGCCUGCUUUUGCGUUUUGGGUCCUCCGCAACUGCCACUGGAAAAAGGCUAAGCAGUGGUGCGCAGGGAGUAUCGAAUCGUCAAUACCUUGGAAAAUAAACGGCGGACGCGUAGUUCUUGACGUUGCAAUGGAUUGGCGGCUGACCAUCGAGCAUCGUCACCGUGACCGACAGUGAAGUCGUUUGGAAAUAAAGAACAAAUAAAUCUGGUCAAAGAUGAAGCUCUCGGUGGUCGACUGGGUGGAGCGGUUCGGCCUGGGGCUGGCCCAGUUCAAGGUCAUUCUCACGAGCGGGGGCAUUUGGAUGGCUGACGGUGCAGAGCUGCUGCUGAUCUCCUCUGUGACGAAAGCGUUGGCUGACGAAUGGUAUGAGUGUGAAAUCUUCGGGAAAAGAUGAUGGAUGCGCAGCUAUGAAUUUGUUGAUAAUUUCCAUAUGUUUUCCGUUUCCGGUGUUUCCGUGUAUGAGUUGUUCUUUUUGAUGGAAAUGCAACAAAACACCCCCACCACUCAGGGACCUGACUGCGGUGGAACGCGGCUCUGUGGUGAGCAUCGUGUUUAUCGGGGUUCUUUGCGGGAACAUGCUUUCCGGCCACCUCGGGGACCAGUUCGGACGCAAGAUUCCUGUUCUUGCCUCCUACAUCGCCAUCUUCGUGUUCUCGCUCUUCAGCGCGAUGGCAGUGGACUUUUACAUGCUAAUCUGCCUGCGGUUCUUUGUUGGGGCCGCGUUUGGGCUUGGACAACCCUCGGCGGGGGCGCUGGCGGCCGAAGUGAUGCCGAUGGCGUGGCGAAUUUUGCCCCAGGUGAUGGGCCAAGCCAUGUUUCCCAUCGGAGAAAUGUACAGCGGCCUCCUUGUCGCCAUCGACGACCCACAGAUGAGGGAGCUGGAUUGGCGGUACUUAAUUCGGAUUCGAUUCAACUUCAGUACCAGCCCGGCGCAUUGAACAAUCGUGCUGCAUUGUUCUUCGUUGGUUUUAAUAGAGAUCAUAGAUACGACAUACUAAGAAAGUAAUGCGAAACUACACAGGUGGCUGAUCACCAUGGGAGCGCUGCCGUCACUGAUUCUGGGUCUGUACGCCUACUACGAACUGCACGAAUCACCGAUGUGGUUGAAAACGCAGCCCAACCGCGAAAGCGAAGCCGCCGAGGUACUUGGCAGCAUGCGACGAGCGAACCUGCGAUGGCGCGUCGGCGGCACGAGUUUGACGGAUCUGCUGACCCCAACGCGGAGUCGCGGCAAACACGAUCAACUUUACGCGGCUGUAGAGGGCGGGGGUGGGGGCGACGGCGAGGCGGCGGCGGACGAGGAAGAAGUGUGGCACGGGCCGAUCGAGAUUGCGUCUACGAAGAUCACAGGCUCUCCGGGUAGCCCCGCUGACAGAUUGCAGGAUAAUUCUACUACGGGCGACAACAACAACAAAAACACCGCCUCGCUGGGUUUGCUGCGCAAGGUGUUUUCGUACGAGUACGCGAGCAGCACGAUCGUACUCUGUUGGACCACCUUUACCCUAAACUUUGUGUACUACGGAGGUUUGUACGCGUUUCCGCAGCUGCUCGAAGGCAUCGGCGACACCCUGACGGUCUCCCCGGCUGUUUCGCUCGUGUUGGCCGCGGUGUGCGAGAUUCCGGGUUGCGUGAUCGCUUUGUUGCUCGGGCUGUACUGCUUCCGCAAGCCCGCGCUGGUGCUCUCCUUGCUGCUGUGCUGCCUGUCCACGGGGCUGUUCAUCGGGGGCGCCAGUUUGGUGGCGAAGGCGGAGACGAAGGAGGUCGUACAGGCGAUCGCGGAACCGGACGUGCCCGGGUAUUCCCCGCCCGUCCCGGGCGUGGAUUGGGAAGAGCCAAGUACCAAUAAAGCCGCAAACGGGUUGUCCUCGGGGAAGCUGGUCGGAAAGACGACGGCGUCCGCCGGGGCCGAUUCUGCUCCUUCGACCCCGGAGGUUGUCGCGGAGGACCAGAGCAGACGAGGUCUCGCGCCGGAAGAUGCGUCGGCAGGAACGAGCACAAACACGGACGGGGGGCCACCUUCCGCGUCGGCAAGCAUCUCACCGCCGGCAGCAGCUGCAGGGCCCGCAACGAGGACCCCAGAAAGAACGACCGAGCAGCCGCUCGUGGGUUCUCCCGGACGAGAUGCAGACAGUGUACCUGUGGCUGUGCCGCCGUCGAAAAAUGGAGGGGAAAGUCCAACGCCUACGCCGCCAGUUGCAAAGCCGCGCCGAGCUCGCAAGGACGGGGACGCAAGCGAUGCAGAUAAAAAUAACAAAGCGACGAAAAACAUUUGGGACGAGAAGACCCAGAAGUUUCGAUCGAACAAAGAGCCCGCACCAAAGGACGCAGCCGCAGCAGAUGAAGGGAAAAAAGCAGAAAAGAAGAGUAAGAAGCCGAAAAAAUACGUGGCCACCGUUGCCGGUCCUGUUUACAAGGGGCAGAACAACUCCACGACCGCGAAUUCCGCCGAGGAAGGGGAGAAUGAAGGCAAAAUAAAGGUACAAGACGCGGCGUCGAACAGGGGGCAGAUGCAGCGUGCUACACCUGCUCCAAAAUCUGUGGAGGAACAGCGAAUCUCGGACACGACUUUGGCGGACCGUGCCUUGGUGCAGGAACGGACCAUAUCAAAUGUAAAAAUGUCUGGGUCUGGAAGAUUGGAACUUGUCAUGCUAAAUCCGAAGCAUGCAAAAAUCUGCGUUGCAUGAUUACCAAAAGUCGCCCAGUUUUGACCAAGUCGGGAGGGAGUUUCUCAUGCAGGAUAGGCAUGAGAGAGAUCGCACAGAAUCUGUCAUGCUAGGUCCUGCAUUCCACACCUCAUGGGUCAUAGAAAAGCUGCAUGACAAAUCGCCCAGGGCCGGGAGAUGAUGGUGAUGGCACUUCGGUGUCCGCCUGACCUACCUUCCCUGCGUGACAGCCAUCUGCGGCCGUUUACAAAGGGGGAGGCAAAGUGUGCCGCACUUCUGUUUAGCAUGACAAAUCGCCCAUUCUUCCAGACCCAGACAUUUUUACAUUUGAUAGACCAGUUGGCUCGUGCAGUUUUUCAAUUUAGCGAUCCCGCAGCCGAUCGUGACGAAGACGCUGGCCAGCCCCGGUUUGAGCUGGAGUAGCGACGCGCUCGCUCCUUACACUCGACAGGACAGUAAGAAUGCUGGCCAGCUUGUUCACCUCCAACACGAGGAAGAGCAUGAUCAUGCACAGCAGCACAUACCUGUUACCUUUCUCGAGACCGGUGCAAUCGAGACGGUGCACCAUAAUUAUGCCGGUGAUCAAGUCCAUGUCGCGACCAGUCGAGAAGAUCAGCGACGGCGCGCACGAGGGGAAGACGACCAGGAUGAUGGCAUCAUAAGAUCAGGAGAACUUCUGCAGCAACCCGGCGAAGAUGCUUCUUCUGUCUCCAUGGUUUUGUCCGCGCAGCAAAAAGCCACAAGCAAGACGGAGGUUUCAUCAGGGCGCGUGUUGACGGACAGCGAGGCUGUAAUUGGAGAUCAUAAAACUACUUCUCAACAAGCCACCGACUCGUCCACCGACGGUGACGAUUACAAAUUGCUGGCGAAUUUUUUCCUGCAGGCCGGACUGUUUGGCAACAAGAUUUGGGUGCAAGUCUGCUUUGUGCUGAUCUACCUCUACUCCGUCGAAGCGUAUCCGACGCAGUACCGCAAUUCCGGCGCGGCGGUGUGCCUGGCAGCGGGGCGCAUCGGGGCCAUCAGCUGCCCGCUGAUCUUAUGAACUGCAAAAGUAUCUUACUCGUAUAAAUGCGUUACAAAUUUUCUCAGCAUGAGAAAGAAAAUUUGUCAUGCUGAUUUACUUUAAGAAAAAAAUUUGCAAUGCAAGACUUGCAUUUAUACGAAUACGGUACUUUUGCACAGGAUAAAUCUACGAACUGCUCCCGCACCAGUUCUACUUUUUCGUCAUCAUGGCCUCCCUCCUGGCGAUCAACUGUUUUUUCUUUGUGUUUUUUCGCCUGCCGGAAACCGCCGGCCAGCCGCUCGCUCCGGACGACAGUUCAAAGGCGAGGCAGGGCUAUACCAGUCUUCUGUCCGUUCCGUUUGCGUUUUUCAUGGCGACGGCGGCACCAGAAAAAAUACUUAAUGCCAGUAGGUAUUCAGAAGGAUGAAAAACACGACAUGCCAAUUGCAGUAACUCAAAAUGAUCCACCAGGGCCAGCCAAACAAGGUUCGCACAAGGUAGUGCAUAAGUAACUAGGUACAGUGAUCCUUGAUUUACUGUGCGGAAAAGCUCUCUCCAGAGGGCUGUUGUGGGUCUCAUGUACUACACAGAGCGUGGGUGUGGUAGAUCUUUCACCUUCAUCUUGCAUUUGGCAUGUCAUGCUUUUCCUCUGGAUAUUGGAUCCUCCAAAGAUGCGGCAGUGCCGCUGACGGAAGGCACAUAAAAGAGA